AGGAAGAACCUGGAGUUUGAGCCGCUUUCCACCACGGCUCUCAUCCUGGAGGACCGGCCAGCGAACCUGCCUGCCAAAUCUCUGGAGGAAGCUCAGAGACACAAAAUGGAGUACGAGGAGAUGGUUGCAGGAGCCAAGAGGAGAGAGAUGAAGGAAGCCCAGAGGAAGAAGCGUCAGAUGAAGGAGCGGCACCGACAGGAGGACAGCAUCUCCAACGCCAUGGUCGUCUGGAACAACGAGAUCCUGCCCCACUGGGACUCCAUGAAGGGAACGAGGCGGGUCAGGGAUCUCUGGUGGCAGGGACUUCCUCCCAGUGUCCGAGGAAAAGUGUGGAGCCUCGCCAUCGGCAAUGAGCUCAACAUCACACCAGAGCUGUAUGAGAUCUUCCUGUCCAGAGCCAAAGAGAAGUGGAGGAGUUACAGUGAAACCAGUUCAGUCAACGACAGUGAGAGUGACGGAGGAGCGUCUCUGGCUGACAGAGAGUCCAGUCUGGAUCUCAUCAAGCUGGACAUUUCCAGAACCUUCCCCUCUCUCUUCAUCUUCCAGAAGGGCGGCCCCUACCACGAUCUCCUCCACAGCGUGCUGGGGGCUUACACCUGUUACCGACCUGACAUUGGCUACGUCCAGGGCAUGUCGUUCAUUGCUGCUGUGCUGAUCCUCAACCUGGAGGAGGCCGAAGCCUUCAUUACCUUCGCCAACCUGCUCAACAAACCCUGUCAGAUGGCCUUCUUCAGAGUCGACCACGAACUGAUGUUGAAGUAUUUCGCAGCCUUUGAGGUUUUCUUUGAGGAGAAUCUGCCUCGACUCUUCAGCCACUUCCAAAACAACAACCUGACCCCCGACCUCUAUCUGAUCGACUGGAUCUUCACUCUGUACAGUAAGUCUCUCCCUCUGGACGUGGCGUGUCGGGUGUGGGACGUCUUCUGCCGGGACGGGGAGGAGAGUUUGUUUCGGACCGGGCUCGGCAUCCUGCGUCUUUUCGAGGACGUCCUGCUCCAGAUGGACUUCAUCCACAUCGCCCAGUUCCUAACCCGGCUGCCGGAGGACCUGCAGGCACACACACUCUUCACCGCCAUGGCCAACACACACAUGAUCAGCAGGAACCGCCGCUGGGCUCAGGUGUUUUCCGCAUUGAUGAAGGAUGGAAAUAAAGAGACGGACAAAAACACCAGCCCGGCUCUGAGAAGCUAACACUAGCCAACCCCUCGACGCUGAUGCCCGCCUUUCUUAAAAACUAAUCGUCAAAACUAAUCGAGCUGUGAAUGACGGAAGCUCGCUUCCUGCCUGCCGCGACAAAAAACAAAACAAAGGGGGCUAGCUGGGCAGCUCGAAGCCUCGUAGCCCGAAGCUAAAAUAGUCACUCCAAGAGGCUACGAAGCUACGAAGCUUGGAGCGACUGCGAGCCAGCCCGGGCCCUCGAAGGCAGAGAGUGACGACGAGACUUUUGGCCUGAGCAUCCCGUCAUGUGAAGGAGUGGUCUGUGGCUGGUUAGUCCCAAACGCCAGCAGCCGUUGUCAAGUCGUUCUCCGGAGAAGCCAACUUGUCGUUCAAGCAGCUGGGGGUCACUACUCCACCAGCCUACUGAAGCUGGGAAAAUUAAAAACUGUAACUUUGCAGAUAAUAUUCUGUUAUUUCCGCUGCCGGCUGGGAGGGAAAAAGUCCCUCCCUGCCUCCCCGUCGGGACACAAACAACCACUAAACAUUGAGCGUUGCGCCCCGUGUAAUUCUCAAAGACUCCAAUUCUUUCGGUGCUAAUGAGUUCCUAGAGGCUUAAAAAAAAGGCCUCUGUGGUUUAAUUGUUGAGUAGGUUCUUGUAGGUUUUGAUUACAUACUAUUAAUAAUUUGCUGUGGAUUUAGCUUGAUCUCUUCGAUUAAAAAAAUAAAUAAAUGACGGGAAUCUGCGCAAGCAUGGCUCGUGCUAAUAUCCUCGUUUGUAGCUGUUACUUUAGCCUCCUACGUUAAGCUCCUAGCUUUAUAAAAAUGUAUAUCUGGGGGCAACAAACCCCCCCCCAACCGAAUAUGGGGAAGAAACGCGGGGAAAUGGAAUCCUUUUGUACAGUACAGUCUUUCUAAUUGAACUAACGCACAUCUCAUCAGAGAUUCUAACGAGCUCGAGCAGACUAAAUAUUACGUGGUUUUGAUGUUUUACAAGAACAAGAAACUAAUUAUUCCAAGGUCCAUUGGGCUCAACAAGUCUUUUCUACAUGUGUUGAAUACUUUAAAAUGUUAUCCUGAAUAUAGAAAAAAAAAAAAUCAAACUGUUAAGGCUGUGUUCACACUCG